GACAUGAUCAUUUCCUAUAAAAGGAGUUGCAAAACACUCAUCAUUUCAUUCCAGGCUGCAAAGACAAGUUCGUUCUCUUCAGUACAGAAACACAACCGAAUCUCAACCAUGAAGGUACUUAUUCUGUUGGUGGCCAUUGCCGUAGUCGCUGCUUCAUUUGAGCUUGAAGACUUUGUAGAGACCGAAGGUGAUUUGAUUGCCAAGAGAGCAUACGACGACCUGAUGGAGGUCUCCAAGAGAGCACGAGGAAACAAGGGAAAACCAUACUCUUGUGUCAAUGACUAUGGACAGGACUGCGCAUGCUCAGACACCCGUGGUGGCAAGAAGAAGUACCUCGUCUGCAACUAGAUUUAAAAAGAUUUACAACAGGACUCGAUGACCGGAUACGAUAUUUUGUAAAAUAGAAAGACUGUUUUGACUUCAUGAUUAGGGAGGGAGGGUUGGUGGCCGUGGGCGGGCAAAGGUGAACUCUGUAGAUUGCUUGUGGUAAGGUGAAAUCAUAACAGCCCUACUCAGUAGUGAGAGUGUCAACCAGAAUUGAAAAUAUUGCCCAAAUGACUCUUAUAGUUUACAACCCAAAUAUUUAGAGAUGUUUUAUCAAAAACAAGAAGGUUUUGGAUUGGCUUGAGCACGACUUUAUUUGGUUUGAUUUUAAAAAGAAAUAAGUUAUCGACAUGGAACAGCUGUUGUAACCAAAAAAGUAGUAGGGAUGAGAGGAAACUGCCGUAAUGCUAUACAGCCUCCCAAAUAUUAAUUUCAAAACAAAAUAUAAUGCAAUGUUUUGUAAAGUUAUUGAAAAUUGAGCGGGGUCAUACCAGAAAAGAAUAAAAUACUCAAUAAAUAUAUGCAAAUCAAA